CUUGACUCGUAAGGGCUGAGACAGGUGCAACGAGUUUGACAGCAUCACUGAGUUCACUGCAAUCUCAGUCCUCUGUUUGGGGUCAAUUUGCAUUGAUUUUGUCAAAUAGAAUAUAUAAAAUGUCAUGUUUGUCGCGUUUAUUUAAGCUGGCGCUUUCUACGUUUUAUGUUGGAUCAUUUUAAAAUAUUCCAGUGUUCGUCCUUGCAGAGAGUAUUCAAUUAUGCCAGGUUGUACAAACAGGAUGAUUGAUGUUAAAUAUGAACAAAAGUAUUUUAAAGAAUAUAUGCUGCCGAAGUUUUGUGACGAUAUAACUGAAACUGAAUACCUUUCUCUCAGAUGAUGUGGCGGUGUCUGUCUGUUCUGUGCAUCCUCCUGAUGUGCAUGCCGUUUGAGAGCUCCUCCUUUCCUUUUGGCCAGAGAGGAUCGCUGACCUUUUCUCAUUCACUGCGUCUCACACGGACUAUUCGCUCACGUGUGCAAAAACUGCUGACUCGAUAUAAACAACAGAUGUUUGGCGACGAGCUCUUUGAAUACAGGGAAAUAAUGCUAAGCACUUUACCAGCUGUCACUGUCAGUUAUCAAAUGUGGCUACAAAUGCAGGACAUCAAGCGUUUGCAGUUGGCCUCUCAUCACCUCCAAACCUUCUGGACUCACCUGGAAGAUCAACGGCAGCUGCUAGAGAAAGAAAAAGAGGAAAAUAGAAGAGAACUGAGAAGAGAUAAGCGAGGCAGGCCUCAGCCUACCUUAUGUCAAAGUUUUAUGGGUCUACAAAUAGAUCUGCGGGACUUAAUGAGACAAGUCAACUCUCAGUUGGAGAGUCUGAUCACCAAACAGGAUCCUCCAUUACCCUCUGCCUUAAACUCCACGCCAACUUCUAGUCGGAUUCCCACAACGCACAGAUCCACAGCAAGCACCACUCUACACAGCAGCACGAAGCUACAUACACUAUCCCACACCAACGCUCCCCAAAGCUCCACAACUCAGACCUCGACCCAGGCCUCCAACACAAAACUCUCAGCAAAAACAGAGAAAUCAUCUGUGGGAGUAACAGUGACCCCCAAAUCUACAAAACCCACCCGGACAUCAACGGUGCUUCGUUCAGGGGAAAGCCAGCUGUCUGUGGACAGGCAGCAGAGAACAACUCUGUCUUCUGGGUCGUCCCGCUGGUAUCAGCAUCUGAAAGGGUAUGUUACACUGAGAGAUCUAGAGAGGUAUUUGAGCAGAUUGGCACGCGACUACACAGUGCUCCAAGCUAAACAAACAUGAGCACACACAGAGGAAAUCAAAGAAAAACCAAGUGAUCAAAAUGAAUCACAAAAUUAAAUCAAAGAAAACCAAGACAGGUAUUAACAAACCUUACACAAAGUUGAGUACACUUGAAUACAUGAAUCAUAUCUAUAUGCCACUAUACAGUGUUACAGUAGCUGUUUAUGUUAUUUUUGAG